UGUGAUUUGUUGAAUGCGGAUUGGUUGAUUUAUACCCAUAGUUCGCAAUAAAAAUGGAUGCGCCCAUUAAGGACAAGUGUUAAAGUUUUCAGAAAUUGUUUUGUACAUUAUUUGGCCCAAGAAUGGCAUUAUUUGCCAUUACAAGAUACACAGGUGAUGAAAAAGAAGAGGCGGAAACAGAAACCAGAGCAGGUUUAAUUCUAAAGAAACUAAAAGCUGAUGCUGAAGCAAGGAAGAAGCAACGUGGAACUGAAAAAUCCCAACAGAACAUCACAAAGAAAAAAACGGACAGGAAGAGAUCAGCUGAAAAAACGAAAAAGAAAAAACUUACACAUAAAAAGGCAUUAAAGUCUAGUGAACCUCAAUCUGGUCAGAAAUCUAUAGCUUUGAAAUGUGAUGACACUGAUUAUGAUGAUGAUGAUGAUAAGAAGAAGAUGAAGUUUGAUGACAAGUCCUGUGAGAAUAAAGAGAAGUCUGCAGACAGUGACAGUUAUUCUACAGACCACAAAGGAGCGAUAAUUCCAGACUCCACAAAUAUAAUUUUGGACAAUACGGAUAAUUCAAGCAGUAUGAGACAAGAUAUUGAUGAGGAGGAGAGAGGGGGAUCUCUACUUGGGGAGGAUGAGCAGGAGGGGUUAUAUGACUUGGGGGGCUUUACAGUGCUCGGGAAUUACAAAACAAGGGCAACAGAAAAGGUGUGCCGAGUGUUACCAGAUUGGCUUGCCAGUCCCAGUGUGAUUGCCUCAGAUCUGAAGCAAAAAACAACUCCUGUGUCAGAGUUCAAAGGGCUUGACCCACAGAUCCAUAGAAACCUUGAGGAGAAUCAGAUUGAGUAUUUCUUCCCAGUCCAGAUACAAGUUAUUCCUGAGAUCCUACAGACUGUACAUAAUGGUUUCGUGUUAGGCAGGGCUGGCAUGAGGCCUCCAGACAUCUGUGUAUCCGCUCCGACAGGCAGCGGUAAAACAUUGGCUUAUGUUCUACCGAUUGUACAUGCCUUGAAAAGCCGGACUUUGUGUCGAGUACGAGCAUUGGUGGUUUUGCCCGUGAGGGAUUUAGCUGCACAAGUAUAUAAAGUGUUCCUUCAGUACACAAAAGGGACAAAUCUUAAGGUUGGAAUGAUUGUUGGACAAAAACAGUUCAGUGUGGAACAGCAUGCCCUAGUGAAGCAACGGCUCGGGGGAUAUGAGAGUAAAGUUGAUAUAGUGGUGGCUACUCCUGGACGCCUUGUGGACCACAUCAACAAUACUCCAGGAUUCAGUCUUUCAGAUCUCAGGUUUCUGGUUAUUGAUGAAGCAGACAGAAUCAUGGAGCAUGUGAAACAGGACUGGUUAAGUCAUGUAGAGAAUGCUGCGUUUAUAGGGGGUAGAGAGGCAUCAAGUUCCCUCAAUGUCUACAACACCAGUAAACAUCAAAUGCCACUCCAGAAACUGCUGUUUUCUGCCACACUAUCACAGAAUCCAGAAAAACUUCAACAGUUGAAUCUUUUCCAACCGCGACUGUUUACGUCAGUGGUGGAUAGUACUCCUCAUUCAAACUUAUCGACAGAAACAAGAGCUGAGGUUGUGGAAGGAAUUCACGACAGAUUGAAUGAUACAGGAAAAGAGGUCAAGGGUCAUUUUGUAGGAAAAUACACAACUCCAAUUGGAUUAAAGGAAUACACAGUCAAGGUAGAAGCAACAGAGAAGCCAUUAGCAAUACUUCACUUCUUACACAAUCUCAAAUACAGACACAUCCUCUGUUUUACCAACAGUGUGGAGUCAACUCACAGGUUGUAUCACUUGCUGAGGCUGUAUGGAGACAUCAGUGUAGCAGAAAUCACAUCUAAACUGCAGGCCUCACGCAGAAGUAAAGUUCUGCGCAAAUUCCAAAAUGGAGAUAUUGAUAUUUUGAUUUGCUCUGAUGCCAUGGCACGAGGUAUGGAUAUAGACAAUGUGAAGUUUGUGAUUUCUUAUGAUCCACCCCCUUACAUAAAGACCUACAUCCAUAGAGUGGGCAGAACAGCAAGGGCUGGAAAGGAAGGGACAGCUCUUACACUUCUACAGAAAAAAGAGUUCCAUCACUUCAAGACAAUGACAAAAGAGGCUGGGAAAACCUACAUGGAGAAGUUUAAAGUGAACUCUGGGGAGUUUGAGGAUCUUAUGGAGGGAUAUCAGAAAGCUCUAGCACAGCUUCCACACAUCCUAAAGAAUGAAAAAUUUCCUAAAAGAUGAUUUAGAAGAUGAACUUUAACAAUAUGGCACUAGAUGUACAUUGUACAUGUAUUUUUAGCCAAUAAAUGUUGAGGUUUGUCAAA